AUGGCCACGCCUAAGAGUGGUUUCGUCGUGAGCGGCAAGGCAAUCGAGGACAUGAAAGUUACAGAGCUCAAGAGCGUGCUAAAGCGUCACAAUUUGCCGCUGUCGGGCGUUAAGCGAGAUCUGGCGGAACGGCUUCGGGUGCAUCUACUCCAACAGCAACAGCAGGAAGCGGACCAGAAGGUGGCUGAUGUGCAACAGCAGCAGCAGCAAGAGGAGAAAGCGAAGGAGGGGAAAGCACAAGAGAGCGAUUCAGGCUCAGACGUGCAGGAGGCGCCGAUUGAGGCCGAAGAGACGGCCAAGGGCGGGGCAGCGGCAGGGGAGGAUAGCAGGGCGAGCAAGGGAGGCGGCGAUGGUGAUAAAGGUGACGAGGUGACUCCAGUGGUGCUUUUCCAGGAAGAGAAGGAGGGUAAAGAGGGGAAGGACGGGAAAGGAGGGAAAGAGGGGAAAGAGGAUAAGGAGGGUAAAGGAGACGAUGAUAAGGUUGAGCAUGAGGAGCGGGAGCGGCAGGGGAAGGAGGGAGGUCAGCAGGGCGAGGAGGAUAAGCCAACGGGAUCGGAUCGAGGUUCAGAAGAGGUAAGGGCCGCUGAUGCUGCUACUGAUGGAGGUGGUGAGAGGAGCGCGGCGGCUGCUGCUGCCGCUGCUGCUGCGGGUGGUGCUGCUGCCGCUGCUGUUGGUGAUAGUGAUGGUGAUGGGGAUGGUGGAGGUUCCGUUGCUGCUUCUGCUGCGGAGGGCAAGAGGGAGGAAACCGAAGUGGCUGCAACGACGUCGAAAGGGGACGACCAGGUAAUGUCUGAUGGGUACGCCGAGGGGAUGGCUGAUACGGCUGCGCCUGCUGCCGCUGCGGAUACCGCCCCUGCCGGCACUGCUGCCACAUCUGACGGCCCUGGGGCGCCGGGAUCUGGGGUAGGUGCAUCUGAGGAGGCCGGAAACGACAAAGGAACCGUCGGAUCUGAAGCCGAGGGCAUAUCGACGGCGCAGGAGGAACCGGGGAAGGCGGAGAAAGGGGGCGACGAAGGGACGCGGGGGGAGGGGAGGAAGGAGGAGGAGCAGAGGGAUGGUAUGGACGUUGACGGAACGGAAGGGAGAGGGAACGGUGAGAAGGCGGAGGAGGGAGAGAAGGCUGGGCGACAGGCAGAGAAGGACAUUGAAAUGAAGGACGAGGCUAGCAACGAUGAGAGGAAUGAAGAGAGGAAUGAGGAGAAGAGUGUGAAGAGUGAGGGGAAGAAUGAGGAGAAGAGUGAAAGGAAGGGUGAUGAGAAGAGCGAGGAGAGAACGGCUCGCGAGGAAAGGAGGAGUGACGGAAAAGGGACGGAUCGCGAGAAAGACGAAGAGAUGAGAGACGAGGAGGGCAAGGAGGAGGAGGGGAAAGAGGAGGAGGGACGUGACCUGAUGAUAGAGGCGGAUACCGAUCUCGUGGGGGAGCUAGAAGCGGAAGCGGAAGAGGCGGAGGCGGAAGCGGGGGCGCUCGCAAAGCAAGGGCGUGGACUUAGGCGCGGGGGUGCCGCGCUGGCGGAAAGGAAAUCGGGGAAAGAUGGGGGGUCGCGGAGAGAGGAAAGCGUCGCGGCGGAGAAGCGGGGGCGGGCGGGGGAUGUCAUACGCGCGGGGGUUAGUGGGGCGGACGGGAAGAGAGAGCGCGCAGGGGAGGAUGUGGCGGUUGUAGCGCGGAGGAGGGAGGAGCGACCGUCAGGCGGGGGUGCGGAGGAGUCCCCCCGCCCCCCUGACGCCAAGCGCCUGCGCAGAUGGAACGCGCCCAAGACAUCCCCGCCUGCCCCCGCCGCCACUGCUGCCACCGCUGCUCCUACCACUGGUACCACUCCUGCCCCAGCGUCAGCUGGUGGCGUGGGGGAAACAGGCAAGGCAACUGGAACGGGUGUGCUGGCACCAGCGUCUGCUGCACCAGCCAAGGCAGCAGAGGCAGGAGACGGAGCAGCAGCGGCAGGAGGAGCAGGUGGGAAGGCGGGUUCUGGGGCAGGUGGUUCUGACGGCGCAGCAGGAGCAAGGGCUGUGCCAGGGGGAGGUUUGACUCGCAGCGGCAGCGAUGGGAAAGGGGGUGCUGUGGCUGCGGGCACUGCUGCUGCCGCCGCCGCCGCUGCUGGUGCUGCUGCUGGUGGUAACCGUGUGGUGAAGUCGCUCAGUGGGCGCGGCAGCGGGCGAUUGGUUGGGGCUGGAGCGAGGGAGGCAGCGCAAGAGAAAGAAGAUGCGCCCCCGCCAGUGGAGCCGGUGACGGAGUCGCUGCGCAUAGACAACUUUGUGCGCCCCUUCACGCAGCAGCAGGUCAAGGACCUGCUCGCAAACAACGGCCGCUCGCUGCUGCACUACUGGAUGGACGGCAUCCGCACCCACUGCUACGUCUCCUUUGCAUCAGUGGAAGAGGCAAAGGCAGCGCGGUCAGAGGUGUGGGGGUUGCGCUUUCCGUUGAGGGGAGGCAACUUGCUCACAGCCAGAUUCGUGUCCAAAGAGGAGGUCCUGGCACGGGUUAACGGCCUUCCCAUUCCUCCUCCUGCUGCUGCUCCUGCUGCCGCUGCGGCUGGUGCGGCUGCCAAUUCCGCUGCUCCUGCUGUGGCUGCUGCUGCUGUGGAUGUCAAAGCGUGUGCGGCUAGCGCUGCUGGCGCUGGGAAGGAGAAGCCAGGAGCAAAGGGGACAGAAGCUCCCCCUGCUGCUGAGACCAAGGCAGCAGCGCCCCCAGCAGCAACAUCUGCGCAAGAUAGGGCUGAAAAGGCAGCAAAAGCAGCCACAGCAGGCACAGCGAGCACGAGUGAGAGGAGAGCAGGGCCAGGCGGUUCUGGGGCAGCAGCAGCCCCUACCUCCGGUUCCGCUGCCGCAGCAGCCGCGGCGGCGGCAGCUGCAGCAGCAAUGGCAGGCGUGGGUGCAGUGGCAGCUGCUGCAGCGGCAGCAGCGAGGAAGGCAGCAGAGGCAGAGCCGGACCCGUUGCCAUCGCUGGAUGACUUGUUUCGGAGGACCAAGGCCAAGCCGCAGAUCUACUUCCUGCCUCUCACAGACGAACAAGUGGCUGCGAAGCUCGCUGUGGCCAAUCAGAGGAAGCUGGCUGCAGCUGGUGCUGCUGGGGCGGCCCCCCCUGCUGCUGCUGCUGCUGGUGGUGGUGUGGCAGCAGCUUCUGGUUCUGGCAGGACUGCUGCUGCUCCUGGUGGCAGUGAUGCUGUGGCGAAUGGCGCUACCGGCAUUGGGAUGGAGGAAGCAGGGAAUGCAACUGCUGUGAGAGCACGGGGGUGA